UGAUGGUUCCGUCGCUCAAGCAUGAGAUCUUCGCCUUCAGCAAGCAACUCAAGACCACGCACUCUGUCGGCGGUCUUCUGGCCAUGCUCAGCAGAUCCAAGCCCCCCAUUUCGUCCUUCGAUGCGCAUGCUCUUUCUAUGACACUCAGCAAGGCGGCCUUCCUCUGCAAUGGCAACGCAUCCGCUGUCCGCCUGAUGCAGCCAUUCAUGGACAACCUCAAGCAACGGACGGCACAAGUCAUCUGCCAUGCAGAUGCACCCACGGACUCAACAUCAACGUCGCCUCUCAACCGGGUUGAUACGGCUUUCCUCACGAGCGUCGUGUGGGCGCUCAGUAAGCUGGACCAACUCCAUGCCGAAGACCCGCUGACCCAGCAGCUGGCUUCAUUGAUUGAGGAGCGCCUCGCGUCGGGUGGCGAGACGAUUGAGUCGCGGAAUAUCAGUAAUGUGGUGUACGCAUUCGGCCGAGCGCGGAUCUGCCCGUCAAGGCUGUUCGAUUCGUGCGCCAGGAGGAUGGAGGGGCAGCUGGCGACCUUUACAGCUCAGGGGCUGGCCAACACGGUAUGGGGCUUUGCGAGACUCAAGUAUUCAUCCGACGCAGUGCAGGGUCUGCUGCAUGCCGUCGUGGAGAGGCUGGAGUGGCUGCCCACAAAGGCAAUCGAGGAGUUCACGCCGCAGAACCUAUCAAACAUCGCGUGGGGGCUGGCGGUGCUCAACUACAACGACAAAGGUCAUCGCUUCAUCUGCAUCAUAUCCGCCUUGAUGCUGCCCAAGCUGUCCAUCUUUUCGCCGCAGCACAUGUGCAACUUGCUGUGGGGCAUCGUGACGCUCGGCGCUGGGAACACGGCGGACGAGCCGUAUCUGAGUGAGGAACUGGCCACUGUCGUUGCCAUUGCGGAGGAGGCCCGCUACCAGCUGAACCAUUUCCACGAACAGCACCUCGGCAACAUCAUCUGGGGCGUAUCGACCUUCCUCAGCAACCUGUCAGCCACACUUUAUCUCUCACCGGACGGCAAGGCGCCCUUCACCGAGUCGAUUGAGCAGCUGGUGUCGUUUCUGCGUGUUGGCCGUGACGAGGUGCUGCGUCGGGCUCCUGCGGCCUUUCCGACCAUCAGUCUGCACGCCACGGCCAUUUCUCUCGCCAGACCGCCAUUCAAAAGGCUCUUAGGGCAACCAGAUGAGGUCGACUAUCACGUUUUGCAGCUCGUGGCUGAAGGCUUCAUGAAGCGAGAGGAACACGCGUCAAUUGAGGAGCGGGUAUCUGACAUCGUUGCCGCAGCAGAGAGCCCAAGAGAGGCCGAGGAGCACCCUGCUGUGUUGCGCGAGACGGCACACGCGUUGGUCGUGUACAAGCCACCUUACUGGAGUGCUAAUCCACCCUUUCUCGACCCAGUUGACGAGCAGCUGACCAGCGUCGAGGGGCAGAAUCAUGUCGCGAGGGUCUCUGGCGAGACCCAGCAAACGGUGGGGGAGGGGGAGGGUGAGGGUAAUGUGGUGGACAGCGACGAGCCGCCAGCGAGGUCCAGAGGAGGUCGUCUGCAUUUGUAUCUUCGCGACACGAUGCCCCACCUGCAUGCCUCGCUGUGGAACCCGCGCAUCCAGUGUGGCUUCCUCAAUCGAUUGGACCAAGAAGUGUCGGGUAGGCUAGACGCAGGCAGAUAGCAGCUGAUGUGCUCAACACGUGUGUGUGCACAUUUGUGUGUUCAGGUCCAGUGUUGAUUGCCAAUGGCGGCCUGGCAUGGGAAAUGCUCAGACUGACAUUCGACGCGCGACUCGUCAAGAGGUACAGACACACACGUUCAUCACAUCAAGCCAAGCUGCACUCAUUUCUGUGUUGCAUGAAAUGAAUGCAGGGAGUAUGUGGCACUGUGUCACGGUAAGGCCCCUCUCGGCCCUCUCCCCCUUAUCACUGCCCCGCUGCGGUCCGAGCAAUUGAGAGGGCCUAAAGGGGGCACCCAAAACAUCACGUCAGUGUCUGCCCAGGGGGACCAUGCAGUCACGCAGGCCGAGUGCACCGGGCACUUCUGCAGGCUGCCCGGUGUGUCUGGCGAUGACGCUGUUGCUGUCAUGAGCCUCAUGCGCGUCAAGAUAUGGACAGGUGAGUGAGUCAGUGGGACACAUGGAAUGAAUGCCUCACUGGAAUGCGGGCAUCAAGCGCCCGUCCUUCUGUUUUGUGCAGGUCGCACCCACCAGAUAAGGGUGCAUCUGCGGCACAUUGGCCAUCCCAUUGUGUGCGAUAACAAGUAUCUGGAGCCAGACAGAUGCGCCAAAGACCAACAGUGGUGAGUACGUAAGGCAACACAGACAUCUACCUGUAUAUCGCCGCACUCUCAUUUGCCCGCCUCUCUGUCUGUCUGUCUGUCUGUCUGUCUGUGCCAUGUACAUGUAUCUGUCACAGGUGUCCGCGCAUCUUUCUGCACGCCGAGAGGCUGUCUUACGUCGACCUGACCAAGCUGAUCGAUGCAGAGAGAGGCGGGCAGGGCGAUGCUGUGUUGGCCUCAGCCGAGAGGAUGUCAGAGUUCUGUGGGGACCCACACAACACCGUCGAUCUGUCCUGUCCGCUGUCUAAGGACCUCCAAGACGUGCUGGACAAGCUGCAGAGAGCUGUGUGUGAGUGACGGCAUGUAGGGGAGCCGGGCGGCCGGGAGCCCACUGCCAUGGUGUAGAUGAGUAUUGCAUGUGUGUGGGUGGGUGGAAUUCUUGUCCAUAUGCUCAUCAACGUGGGGCACGUCAGCAAACUUGGCCGGAUCCUGGCUCUUCUCCGGAAACCCUUCAAACCCGGCUUGCGCUUUCAAGGGCGUCAAUGACCCCCAGACCCCGCCGGGCACCGGCGACACAUCGCUGUAUCGUGAGGACAAGACAGUGAUGGUGGCGAUAUACAUGGGCGAGAUCGCCAACAGGUAUGUAUGUAUCUAUGGAAGGCAGACAGACAGGCAGACAGACAGACAGAGACACGAGAACGGUCUGUCGGAUGGGGUGGGUGCUGUGCUGUGUGCAGGCGCUUGGCUGACCUUCCCAUGCCCUCCCGCGUCCGCAAGCUGACAGGACAGAGGUGGACGCUCCAUGACUGCGCGCGAGGCUCUGACGCGAGAUGGCUUGUGGACCGACAUCUACCGACACCCAAGCGCGACAGUUGCUUAAGCCAGUCUACGGCAGAAGGGCAUGGCACUGGGAGUGGCCAAGGUGGACUUCCAGCCGCACUAAGUGGCGGCAGGCACGGCACAACCAGCCAGCCCAGCCGACACACAAAAGGCGGCCACCCAGUAGAUGAAUGCAUGCAUGUGUGCAUGUCAUGUGGGUGACGUGAUGAAGUAGCUGUGGGGCGACAGGAGGGAGGCGGGUAAUCGAUCAAUGAUCCAUGGAUGGCAUGAAUGGAAUAUAUUGAACAUCUAUGUACAUUGAUUGAGCCGAAAGUCA